AUGAGGGAAAAAAAGGACUUUCCUAAGGCUGCAGAUGUGAUUUGUCCUGAUUUUUACAUGGAUGACAUUCUAUCAGGUGAUGCAACGCUAGAAGAUACUAAAAAUCUUCAAACCCAGAUUUCUGAACUUCUCAGAAGAGCUGGAUUUGAGCUUCACAAAUGGAUCGCUAAUAACUCUAAUUUACUACAAAACAUAUCUACCACAUCCUAUUCAUUUUCGAAAGAACAAGGUGUUAGUUCUGUAAAAACAUUAGGUAUGUUUUGGGAUCCAAAAGAAGAUUGUUUUACAUAUAAGGUAAAGAUCAAGCCUAAGGAGACUUUUUCAAAAAGGGAAGUGCUGUCAGAAAUAGCAAGUCUUUAUGAUCCACUUGGACUUUUAGGCCCUCUCAUUACCAAGCGCUGGGCGGAAUGUUACGUCAUGACAUGUAAGAGCUCCACCUAUAACAAUUGUGAUCUUGCGCAUUAA